AUGAAUCUCGUCCUUGUUGUUCUUCCUCUUCUUGUGGUCUCUGGCUUUGCCGACAACCAGUUUCUGGACUCCAAUGAACACUACUUCCUCGGAGAUUGCGACGAUGAAACGUCAACGAGUACCGCCGUCACCACAACUUCAACUGGAACCUCGACGACUACUGCUAAACCAACAUCUACUUCAACACCAUUCACUAUUUCAACGAAAAUCCCAACCACGUCUUCCUCAAGUUCCUCAAGUUCCACAACUGGCUCAACAACGGAUUCGACCACGGAAACAUCAGCUGGAACCUCGGAAUCCACGAUCACCACCGGAGUCUCUUUGACUGGAUCUUCGGCCAAAUCUUCUUCAACUUCUGGAACUCCUAGCUCGACUUCUGAAACUUCUACCACGACUGGAGCACCAGGAACGUCUACUUUGGAGGCCACCGAAACCACAUCCACAACUACUGGCUCAACUGGAACAACAUCGAUGACUUCUGAAUCGUCGACUGAACCUUCGUCGUCUGGAACAUCGUCUGGAACCUCAACCACUGGAACAACGUCUGGAACAACCACGGAAAUGACUUCUAGAACAUCGUCUGGAACCUCAACGACGGGAACGACAGCUGGAACCUCGACAACUGAAGCGACUUCGGAUACCGUAACAACUGGAACCUCGACCACUGGAACAAGCUCUGGAACAACUUCUGGAACUCCUUCGACGUCAUUUGGAACAACCACGGGAACCUCAACGAUUGUAACGACUUCUGGAAAGUUGUCUGGAACCUCAACAACUGAUUCCACAACGUCUUCGGAAUCGACUUCUAGCUCGAGUGAAACCACUUCAGAAGCCACUUUCAGCUUCACUAAAUCCGAGAUUACCACUGGAACCCAAUCUACGGAAUCCAUGACUUCGUCGGCUGGACAAUCAACAGGAUCUUUGACUUCCGCGACGUCUUCCUCAACACUGGCUACCACAGAAGGAUCGUCGAGCUCUACAUCCGGUGCUUCUUCUCCCACAUCAACUACUCCAGAUGCUUCCAGUUCAACUACCGAUGGUUCGUCGUCCUCUUCGGAAGCUUCAGAGACUUCCACCUCGAUCUCAGAUGUUCCAACCUCCACUUCUGAGUCUUAUUCCACCACCACGACUACUAAAGCUUCCACCUCUACCGUCUCCACGACUACCAAAGCUCCUUCUUCAACCACUUCGACGUCUGAAACUUCCACCUCAACCUCCACGACUUCCGAAGCUUCUACCUCCACAUCAAUGACUUCUGAAGCCUCUACCGAAGCUUCCAGCUUAUCCUCCACGACGUCCGAAGUUUCUACCUCCACCUCCUCGACGUCCGAAGCUUCUACCUCCACCUCCUCGACUGCCGAAGCCUCCACCUCAACCUCCUCUACUUCUGAAGCUCCCACUAUAACCUCCACAAUUACUGACAUGACUUCUGAGUCUUCCACAACUUCGGAAGGCACCGACUCUCAUACUUGCGAACCGAAAAAGCCUCUUGGAGAAGGAUUGGAUGGAUCUCACAUGAAGGAUGCGGAGAAUGUCUACUUCGUCUCGCCAGAAUGCGACGCUAACGGACAUCCAAAAACCAUGGUGAGCCACCCACUGAUAGACUUCGAUGACUACUUCUUGGAAUAUGUUCUGCCACUGGUUGUAGUCCCUUACAAAGAUCUGUGUGAAGAAGGUAGAAUGCCUGAAGUCGUCGGAGUUGAAUUGAAAGCUCGGGACGCUAGACGAUCCGAAACCAUCCUGCAACUUCGUGAAGUCCUCACCGUGCACCUCACGGAAUACCUGCCGGUCAUGGUUCCGCUCAUCAAAAAGGAAUACAGCAAACUGGACGUCUUCAUUGUAUUCCACGAAAACAACAUGAAGGUGACACUCGUGGAUCCGACCAAGCGACAGACAGGAGCUGCCUCCUAUAAAUGGGAGGAUAUCACCUAUCUCCCGUUCCUGAGCUGUCGGGCCUACACAGUUUGGGGUGGGGACGAACACCUCCGAAAGAUGUCCAUGGCCCUCAAUUUUAAACUGUUGCGCUAA